AGCAUCUAUAGGGCCUGCCUGCAUAGAUGUAUGUACAUAAUAUAGGCAUGCACGACAUCGCUUAGUACUUCGUACCUUCUACCAUAUUCUCAUGAGCGAUAAGCACAAUUCUGUUAAAUUAGGAGGUACCUAUAUACUAACCUAAUAGGUAGUAGUUACCUCUAUACACUUAUACACUUACAACGCCCCGCUUCGUCAUGUUCAUCUCGCAACUCUUUCACUACCAACUACCUAUCAUUACGGACGGAUAAAAUGCCAUUACACGGUCUUUUCUACACAACUGUUAACUAGAAUGGCGGCGACGGCCACUGACGCCGUUGUUGAUCAGCAACCGCAUCCUACAGUAGCUGAAAGCGCCGCAUCGUGUCUGCGCUCUUUCCAGCAAUGCGUUCAAAGAGCAGCAUAUAUCCACCCACGAGAGCUUUCACUUGUAGAAGACCAGCUAGCAAGGUUUUCUAUUUGGACGACUAAUAUCAGGGUAUUUGCACCAGGUCGAGCGGCGUUAGAUCAUCGCCUGCGUGAGGCUCCUGAUGUUCAAGAUGCUGUUAUCGGUCUUCUUGAUGCACUGGCUUUCCGCGUCCAGAGCUGUUGGAGUAGUCUUGAGCCCCUUAGUUCUAGGGUAGCUCAAGAGUCCAGUCAGCUCUUGGUAGAGGUCGACCCUAAGUUCCAGCAAUCAAUCCAAGGAAUCGCCAAUGAAAUAAGUUUACUCCAUAGAUUUUCAAACACCAUUCGUAGAGCAAGCAAAGCGGCCCAGAACCUCAAAGCGGCAGACUCAUUUCGAAUCCGCGAUGACGAAGGGAACGACACCGAGGACUUUAUAACGAAGUUGUUUGUUAACCAUAUUCGAGACAAAUUUCCAGGGGCUAGCGACAGUAUUUGUCAACGUCUCGCCGAAACUAUGGUACUGCGACGAAAACGAAUUCUUUACAGGAGAUCUCGCUACGGAGAUACUCCCAUCAGACUUCAAGAGACUCCCUCUCAACCUCCGGUCACUGUACCCAAAGUCCAACUCAAGAUUCGUAUGGCAGAGCAGCCACAGGUAUCUGAAGGACCCCAAGCCGGGGAUGCAUCCAAAAGUGCCAUACAAUCCGUAGCGCAGAGUGCCACCACAUUGGCCCCUAGUAACUUUCAAAAGGCCUCGGCUCCAUCCGUGGUCUCUAUGUCGAAGACUGUAGCGUUAAGUAAUCACGAAGAACUUACAUUCCCUCCAGCUCCUCUCGGCAGUCUAAAACGGAAAUACAACGAAACUAUAAGACAACGAGAAGAAAUUGACAAACACAAUCUCGACUCCCCGAAUAGCGGAGAUAAACUAAAGUCUCUUAAUUCAGCAUUGAAAGAGAAAACCAAGGAAAUAGAAGAAAUGAUAAAGGCUGUAGGGGAGGUAACCUGUCCGUUCUGCUUUUAUGCCCUCCCAGCAGAGGACGUGAUAGAUGAUAACAAAUGGAGGCUACACGUCAAAAAUGACCUCGAUGCGUAUGUAUGUCUGUUCGAGGACUGCAGCUUAUCUCACGAAUUAUACGUGCACAGUAGCGCCUGGCUUAAACAUAUGCGCGAGCAUGCCAUGCGCUGGCGCUGUACAUCGAAGUCCCAUGGGCAAUUUGUUUGCGAGUCCAGAGAUGAUUAUCUCACACACAUGAAGACCACGCACAAAGGCAAAUUCUCUGAUGCACAACUUCAAGCUUUAAUCGAUAGAAACGGUCGAGUAAUUGGUCCUCUAUUUAGAUCUUGUCCGCUAUGUGGAAAGGAAGAGGUCGACGGCACCAUGGAUAAUCAUAUCGUUGGCCAUCUACGGUUUCUUGCUCUAAAGUCUCUGCCUACAUACGAAGAGGAAGGGCUGGAAGACGAGGGAAGCCAAAAAGGCGGCUCGAGUGCUUCAAGAGCACAGAGCAGGAGAAGCACAGUCGAGAGCGAACUCAAGGGACGUAGUUUAGGAACACUCGAAGAUAUUGGCGAGGCCAACGGCGAAAGCUGGCGUUCCUUUCUAUGGGACGCCCCGGAACUUCGGAGCAAAUACGCGCCCUAUGGAGGGUUUCAUUCUUACAUAUCUAAGUACCAUACUGUACAUGCCGAGGAAGAUUCGAAAAACAAGGCUUCGCCCGGUAACACCGCGUCUCCUAACGAAUUUCCUCCUCCACCUGACGAGGAAAGGCUUCUGUUCAACCACUCCGCUGAUCCCUCUUUAGAAUUUGUCGAGGGGUCUUUAUUUGAUGGAGUGCCGGAUACAGAGAGACUGGAAUUCGAGUGGGGUUUUAUUCCUAACAAACAUGGAGCAUUCAGGAGUCUCAAAGAUGACCCCAUUCUUCAAAAGUUUCUUGUCAAGUAUGAUUAUGGGACAAUCGGUAAAUCUUUCUCGAGGCCUAAUGUUUUACCGAUGAACCCUUCGGAUGCGCCAAACGAAACCAAGGAACUCCCGACCAGCGCUUUCAGUGACUUUACUUUCCCUCCUACAUACACCGGGCCUCCCGAGUUUCGUCAUUUUAGUAGUUCUCCAGUUACCACGGGAAAUAUCAACGAUAGUAACUGCCCACCGCCUUCUUUAGCUUCUAAUCAGGAAGUUUCCACUAGCUAUAAUUAUGAAGAGUAUCCAGAUUUUGCUAGCAAUGACAAUGAACCAUGGUUUCCCUUAUUCCCCCAAGAUGAUAUUGUCACCUACCAGAAUAAUGCCACCAAUCAUGACGACGGGUAUCCUCAAAACUUGAAGUACGGCAAGUCAUUUGAUCAUAUACUGGCGGCUGUCGAUGAUCCAGGCGGGCAGAAUCAGUGGCCACCACCAUCAUCACCUCCUCCCCUUCCAAUUAAUAUCGGUCAGUACAGAAUGAGUCGCACAGCUCUGGCACCGCUAGAAUUAAUAGACGAAGACUCUGAGAAGGGUACGACGAAGAAAAAACCAGCAGAGAUAGAUUCAGCGUUUCAGGGUACCACCGAGCGCGAAAGGGCCAAUUCGAAAACUCUGGAGUCUGCGAUUCGAUACCUGUCCGGUCAGAGUAGCCAUGAGAGUAGCCAUGACAAUGAUACUCAGCCAGGUAGCUCUAAAAGUGUCUUAAAGUCACGGGUACAUAAGCCUCGCAAAUCUAUUAUAAGGAUGGGUCCAGAUUGUGCAAUCUGCCAUGCGCCUGCACAUCUCGAAUGCGAUUGCGAGGCUAAGGGUGUGGAAAUAGCCAUUAAGCGAGUCGAAUCCAGGAUAAUGUCUCCGAUGUACAACGACAUCCGGGCAUGGGUUCGCAGUCACGCUCAAGAUUUCGUACAAGAAAGCUUCUCGAGAGACAUGUACGAACGUCAAGAAACCGCCGCGAAGAAUUCUAGCGAACAAGGAAGUAUGAGGGAGGCGGUAGAAGGUCACAUGCCGCCAAUAAAGGAGCAAGUCAACGCUAGCUGGAGGUCUGCUGUCCAAUCGUUUCCUGAGACACUCGAGUACUUUUAUAGCCUUGUAGAAGUGACGCUUCCCAGUGACGAUGAUCCCGCUGUAAAGGACCCGCCACUUAGCGCGCUAUCGGGUUCAAGAAAGCCUCCUCGACGAACAGAUCUGCAGUCUCAAAUUGGUUCGGAUGCACCUCAACUUACUAAAGCAGAAACCUCGAAGCAAGGGGAAGCUAAGAAACCUGAGCAGGAAGCGAAGACUUACCCGCUCAACGCGAGGUUCACGGGAAAGACAUAGGCGUAGUGUUGCUAAUGUCCCCAGCCAUUAUCAUGGGACGCGUCGUAACGUGAAGGGAGGGGUCUGGCUGGCUGAUUGCUCUUCUGGUUGAUGAGUAGGUGAUUUCCUGGGUACCUAAUUAGGUAUUAAAGGUAUUAGGAAUACUAGCUCCCAAAGCUAGGUAGUAAGGAUAUUGUCUCUGGCUUAUAAGGGUCCCGAAUAUAAGCGAACCCGUAACUCAGUAUACUAUUACUUCCAGGCUGAUGGGGUAUUAUACCUAGAAGCAUUACGCAUAAGUGAGAAAAUAAAACUAACAGGUAAAAAUAAAUAAAUCAAGGAAU